GUCGGAUUCCGGUUCCGACCCGGAAGUAGAUGCUGAGCGGCGGCAGCACCGGGUUCCUCGGUCGCUGUUGUUCGCGGCAGUUUGCAGACGCCCGCGCCCUCGUCGCGUUCCCCGAUGCAGCCGCGGCGCCCUGAGGGCUUCGAUGGGCUGGGCUACAGGGGGGGCGGCCGGGAGGAGCCGGGCCCCGGGGCCAAGCCCUACAGCUCCUCCUCGGACCUGAGCCACUGGGUCUCCAGCCCCCCCGACAUCCCGGGCAGCCGCAACCUGCACUGGGGGGAGAGGACCCCGCAGUACGGGGCCGGCCCGGCCGGAACCCCCCUCGGGGGAGUCGGCCUCAACGACGAGCCGUACCCUGCGGGCGCCGGCACCAGCUCCGAGCAGUUGAAUAGAUUUGCAGGCUUUGGUAUUGGCCUUGCCAGUCUAUUUACAGAAAAUGUUUUGGCACAUCCUUGCAUUGUUCUACGUCGCCAAUGUCAGGUUAAUUAUCAUGCCCGGAAUUAUCAUCUCACUCCAUUUACUAUUGUCAAUAUUAUGUACAGCAUCAAUAAGACCCAGGGUCCAAGAGCUCUUUGGAAAGGAAUGGGGAGCACUUUCAUAGUUCAGGGCAUAACCCUUGGAACAGAAGGCAUCAUCAGCGAAUUUACACCUUUGCCAAGGGAACUUUCACAUAAAUGGAGCCUCAGACAAAUAGGAGGACACCUUCUACUGAAAAGCCUAACCUAUGUGGUAGCAAUGCCUUUUUAUUCAGCAAGCCUGGUUGAAACUGUGCAGAGUGAAAUCAUUCGAGAUAAUCCUGGAAUUUUGGACUGUGUGAAAGAAGGGAUUGGCAGAGUGAUUGGCAUGGGAGUACCCCAUAGCAAACGGCUCCUCCCCCUUAUGGCCUUGACCUUUCCCACUGUUAUACAUGGAGUUCUUCAUUACAUCAUCAGUUCCAUCAUCCAGAAGUUUGUACUGCUUGCCCUAAAAAGGGAGAAUUCCCAGAGCCUUCCAACAGAGAGCUCCAAUUCUGUGCAGAGUAUGUUGGAUGCUUAUUUUCCAGAACUUAUAGCUAGCUUUGCUGCCAGCCUUUGUGCUGAUGUCAUGAUUUACCCACUGGAGACAGUUUUACACCGCCUUCAUAUUCAGGGAACACGCACAAUAAUUGACAAUACAGACCUUGGCUAUGAAGUGCUUCCAAUCAAUACUCAGUAUGAGGGAAUGAGAGACUGCAUCAAUACUAUAAAGCGGGAAGAAGGAAUGCUGGGUUUUUAUAAAGGGUUUGGAGCUGUUGUUGUACAGUAUACACUGCAUGUGGCUGUUUUACAGCUCACUAAAAUUAUUUACUCCAUGCUGCUUCAAAAUGUUGCUUAAAAGUACAUUCUUAUUGAUUUAGCAUUUGGGACAUGAUCUGGUCACUUAAUGAAUUAUGGUAAAAAUAGGAUAGGAAAAUGAAAUCUAAAAGAUGAGAAUCUGUAGUAGUGGUUUCUCUUUUUGCAAUCUGAAGUGUUCAUUUAAAAACUGGAAUUUGAAUUUCAAAAUGUCCUUUUUAAGAAGUAUUCCAUAAAAUUAAAAUGAGGACUAUUGCUAGAAUUUGAAUAUCUUGAAAUGUGAAAUAUUAUGUGGAAGAGAAUCAUAAUUUAAAAUGGGCAAAUUCAUAUAGAGGAUAUAUAUGACUUAUCUCAUUUCAGUAUAGAUAACCUUUGCAUCUACCUGUAGACUGACAUGGAAAAUGGCAUUUCUAAUGGCACUGUUCACGUACGCUAUAUGACUAAAGGACAAAUAGUGGUUGUCAUCUUUGGCAAUGAAUUUCUUCUGAUAAAUAAAGGGGUUUGGAUUUAGAACUAA